AUGGAUUCUCGCAAGCUUGAGAGUCAUAGCACGCUGGAGGCUUGCAAUGACGUCCCAACUCAACAUGGGCAGAAUCCGAUAUCCCCCCAGAGUAACGAGACGCCAAACCCCGAAGCAUACGCCUACGCGCUCUGGGAUGAAACCCUCCCCGAAGUCGCACCGUCCACUUUACCAGAACACCACGACCCGAGCAUCGCGCAAGCCAUCCAACCGGCCCAAAGGAAACGAAGACUACGGAAAGUGAUAAUUAUCGCCCUCGUCGCCGCAGCAGUCGUCAUUGCCGCUAUUGUGGGAGGUACGGUGGGCGGCAUCCUUGGUCGUCGAACAUCCUCGAUGAGCCCGACGUGCUCCAACAUCAACAUUCACUGUGCUUCAGCACUGACUGCGACAAAUCGAACGGAUGCGAACGGCUUCGUCCAUCGUACCAUCUCCUUCCAGGAUCCCCACAAUGCCAUUAUCUCGAGGCUGUGGGACUCACAAAAUCGGACUUGGACAACGGCCAACGUAACUGAUUACUUCAGUAAGAAAUCCACGCCUCUUCCUGGCCCUCCCAUGCCGGGAAGCCCUCUAGCUUCUGCAUCCACGGACGGUAACUUGUCCAUUGGUCCAUUCCACCUAUGGUACCUCGAUCUGAACCGAUCAAUAUGCUCAGUGUAUCUCGAUUCGGACUCCAGGACCUGGAUGAUCGACAGCGAAGUCAACGAGGCAACCCUGACAGCCGGUAUAGCACUGGCCGCGACUUGGCAGAGACCUUCGGGCGGUCGCGGUAGCAAUAAAGACGGACAUUGGAUCGUUGCCUACCAGUCCCCUCUUGGAGACAUCCUCACCGCCAACUCGAGCGACUGGGCGACCCCCGUAGGCGCGGUUGUCUCGUCAGAUGUCCCGCCGAACUCCAGCCUAGCGAUAGUUCCCCAGCUAAACGGCGCCUGGCUGGAUGGCUUGGCUCUCGCCUUCGAGAACCUCGGCAAUCCUAAUAAUAUGGAAAAGACUACCCUGCACGCUCAAUGGGACCAUGUCACCGACCUGCCAGCAAACCCACAAUUCGCCAUCACCCAGUUUAACAACUGGACUAACUUCCUUUACCUUGCAUUGUUUCCCGACGACAAAUUGACAGCGUCUUGUUAUCUCAAGGAUUUGCCUCUUUUUGCUAUUCCAAACAUCAUUUUCUCGGGCGGGCCUACCAACCAAUUCUCGUCCAUAGCUAGUACGACAGACGCCAUGUUUUAUGGAAUAUUCAACGAUACGAUAAUAGAAUACUCUGUCGACACGAAGAGUCAGUCAACAUUUCACUAUGUUGGCGUAGUAUAUCCAUAG